CGUACAAUAGCAGAUCCAUCAGCUGUUGUGCGGUUGCUGAAAGAAGGCAUUCCUUUUUCCCUCCCAGUGACUGGUUAAUUCCCAGACAAAGUUUUGUUGGACUUUGGAUUAUUUUUUGCUAAGGAUAACAACAUAUUUUAUUAUAUGAACGAAGCCUGUUCCUAUCAAAUAGUGUAUUGAAAUUGUUUGAAUUUUCAAAGAGUCGUUAGUAUUUGGAAGCGCACUGCCCGCCUGCUAUUAUUACAGGAAAUCACUGAAUUGUACCUCAGAUCUGAAUGAAAGAGCGUUUGGGGGACUCGAGGGAGGAAUGAAAUUGCAUCUGACCGAUAGGGAAGCGCGCGACUGACUGAAUCAUGGAUAGCAAGGAUGGAGAAGAGCAAUCUCCGCCGGCCGGCUCCGUUCCUGCCGAGAAUCCCAAAGAGGAUGAAAGUAGCCCCGUGAAGACAGAACAGUCUCCUUCCACGCCUGGCGUGAGCAUCACUACCCGUCCCAAACAAGAUGGGCCAAAGGCAGAAGAGAGACAAAAGCUGGCAAAGGAGCGUCGAGAGGAACGGGCCCGCUAUCUGGAAAACCGUAACUUGAUGAAAGCUGCCAAAAAAACACAGUGGCUUCAAAAGGAGGAGAAGGCCAAGCAGUUGCGUGAGAAACAACUGGAAGACCGGCGGAAAAAGCUGGAAGAGCAGAGACUGAAAGCUGAGCGCCGACGUGUUGCUCUGGAGGAGAGGCAGCGUCAGAAACUCGAGAAAAAUAAGGAGAAAUAUGAAGCUGCAAUCCAAAGGUCUGCAAAGAAAACCUGGGCAGAAAUCCGCCAGCAGAGAUGGUCGUGGGCAGGAGGUCUCAAUCAAAAUGUACACAAAGAAGGUGCAGGCAGAUGUUCCAUGUCGGCAGUCAACCUUCCUAAACAUGUGGAUUCCAUAAUAAACAAGAGACUGUCCAAGUCCUCUGCCACCCUGUGGAAUUCUCCAAACAGAAGUAAGAAACUUGUCUCGACCUCCCUGUUUAUAUCCUGGCUCCCCAAGAUCUUCCAAUCACUUUGA